AUGGAAAGUAGUGUUGUUCGUCUGUCACGUGACGAGCUCGCCGAAGGGGGCGAAUUGACUCAUCGUGGCCGAACGCGGCCAGGCCUGCAGCGGUGGUUUAAUCGCUUCAGGAUGCUCGUAAACACUGUAGGUAAACUUUAAGUGCAAUCACACUUCCGCAGUUGGAGCAAAAAUAAUGGACAGUCCUGUCGAGCAGCUACCUGCACUCUGACAUCAGAGAUGGUUUGUCCUUUUUCCUUCGGUUAUACAAGGUGAAAUUUUUAAAUCAGGGUGGCCAAGGCGAGCUGUGGUUGAAAACUUAGGAAAUGUAUGGUUCACCCCCAUCCACUGAAGCGUGCAGAAAUUUGCUCGACUGUUUUAUUUGUGAAUCUAACCCAUCACAAUUGAACCACACGUGUGUGAUGCCGUUUGACCCGAUAAUGACGCCCAAAGUUUCUUGAAGUGAUUGAAAUAUACAGGCUCACUACUGCUUUUCCCAGUAUGCGUCAUUUGAAAAUGGGUCAGAUGUGGUUAUGUAGGCCCACCUGAAGUAACCAAACCACAGCCACCUGUACUACGGGACCGGUGGUAAUAGGGGGUUUUUACAGGUGGGGCCGAGGAACGCACAGGCGACGAGGUCAAGUAAUUGUAUGCAAAAGAAAAGCUAUUGGGGAUGUGCGGUUGUACUUUGAGUGAUUGAGGAAUAGUUGCCAUAACCCCUAACUCUAACCCCUAUCCCUAAUCCUGACCCCCAACAAUAACCUCUAACUCUAUCCCCUAAGCCCAACUUCUGACCCCAACCCCUAACCUUAAAGCCUAACUGCAACCCCAACGGUAUUGUUUCCAUCAGGUCUGCCAAUCUAUAUUUGAAUCAUGGUGUCCGUCAAGACGCGUAACGUGAAGUUUGUACUAGAAGUCAUUGCUGCAAGAUCAGUAAGUUAGGCAUUGAAUCCAGGGUUACCUGGACGUGUUUUUAGGUCAUGGUUGGCUGAUGAAGGCUAAUAAGUCAGAAGUGUUCAUUCCAGUUUCUCUGUUCCAGCUGACAUGCCUGAGACCGUCUGCGAGUGCUCGCAGUUUGGACUCUAUAACAGAUCCAAAUUGAUGUGUGCGUCCUACCACCAAAUCGUCACUUCGUUACUUUCCAGCUAACUGAAAUCUUACCAAAUUUAAUAUGAAACAUUUAUGCAUAGUCUGACAACUGUACAAUGCGCCUAUUAGUAUUUAAUAUUUGGUGUUAACACUCGGAAUACUUCGUUUAUAUGUACAUGUUCGAUAAUUCUUCUGUAGCUGUUUGAUGUUUCGUUUUCCAAAUUUUUGAUAUGCUUCCCUUGCUUGUAACAAAUGGGGAGUUUAAUGAUGCAACACCUAUUUUUGUCUUAAAUAAACUGGAAUGAACUAAACUGAACGAAACAAGCCACAGGUCUUUGAUCAGGACAGCGGCAGUUGGAUGCAAUACUUGUUUUUUUCAUCUGUAGUUGGAAUGGCAACGCCGCCAUCUAUGUUCUAUUCUCGUAUAUUUCACAGACUUUACAACGAAGGUUGAUUCCACUCUUCUGCAUUCCACGGCGUUACUCCUACAUAACAGCAAGUCAUAUCCCAGCUCGGUUCGAAGUUUGAGAAAAAGAGUGGGAAGGGCGCUUUCUCUUAUGCCAUUGGCGGUAUCUAUUUGAAUAGUGUCUCCUCGUUAACACCGGCCUACUUUGCUUGUCCAGGCAAUCCGGCUUUCCGACGAAGUUCAAAAGGGCAGUAUAAAAAGGGUUGUAAAACGCCCGGGCAGGCAGUUCCGACGCAGAUUUAGGUCAUCUUUCUUCUAUUUUUAGAACCUAACUGGACUGAGGACGCCGUGAUUCAGUCUGCUUUCCUGACAAACAGUCAGUUUUCUUCACAAGUUGGAGGUGAGUUGUUAAAACUGACUUGGAGCUGUAGACUGUCUGGGUUCUAGGCAGAAUGACAUUAACGACAAAGACAAGGAAGACUUUGUCUUUGUCAGUAAUGCCAUUCUGCUGUAUCAUGCGCCGCUGUGCAGCUGCUGGUUGGGCUCGGGAUAGAGUCUGUAAGGCGCGACGGAACGAUUGAGUUCUAUAAGAACGAUCGGUGAGCACCCCAUAACAUUGCCUGGUUUCUGUCAUGAUAUCAUGUAAACAUGCAUGAAGUCGAAGUCGGCAAAGACACCUUUGCGAUGACUUACAGCAGGUGGGCUAACUCAUGAAAUCUCAGCAGAAAUUCCGAAAUGCGUUUCCGUGUCGACAAGAUUAAUUAAGUAGGGUUGUAAAACCGAUCAUUGGGCAACAUAAUUCUAUAAUAAUUCAGUUAACCCAAGACGCCGGCUUUCGAACAAACUUGCAUUCGGCUGCAUGCAAGAUCUAUACUCUGCAAAAAAUGACUAAUUAAAAAACAAGCAUUUUCUUAUUGAUUUUCGAUGGCCUUAAAGAUUCGCUUAAUGCGUUUUGGAUUAGGAAGGAUUACUUGGGCGCAGAUGUAAUGCUGAUUAUCUUGCGGCAUAAUUCUAUAAUAUUUCGGACUUGACAGGAUGUCAGCUUUUGAAUGCACAGUUUUUCAAAGCCCUGUAGAAAAUGUACUCGGUAAAAAAUGACUACUUAAGUACCAUGCAUUUAUCCCACUGAUUUUCGAUGGUCUUACAAAUUCAAAUAUGUUUUAUAGAAACGACGAACAAAAGUACGCUUUCUUUCAGUCAUUUGAUAGAGAAUCACGUCUUUUUAUAUUUUGUACUCGAAAAAGGGGUUCAAUUAGGUUUAAAAAGUUUCUAGUAAUGAGGUUUUUGAAGACCGCGCAAUGUUCAUACAUAUAGCAUCGUACCUGUAAGUUUACAGCUGCUCCUCAUAAAAUGUACAAUGUAGUCCGCGUCCCUUACGAAAUUUUAUGGACGCCGUAUGAUAUCUGCUUAAGGGCAUAGAAGAAUAUGUAAUUUUCUUUACGCGGAACGCAUACACUUUCUGGACUAAAUUCAAGAAGCGCUAGUGCAACGACUGAUCAGGCUCCAAAUUAUUCGGCAUUUAGAAACUUUCUUAAAACUUAAUUAUACUUUUUUUCGAGUAUAAAAUAUAAGGAGGACGUGAUUCUCUAUCAAACGACUGAAAGAAAGCGUACUUUUGUUCGUCGUUUCUAUAAAACAUAUUUGAAUUUGUAAGACCAUCGAAAAUCUGUGGGGCAAAUUCAUGCCACUUAAGUAGUCAUUUUUUAGCGAGUACGGUUUCUACAGGGCUUUGAAAAACUGUGCAUUCAAAAGCUGACAUCCUGUCAAGUCCGAAAUAUUAUAGAAUUAUGCCGCCAGAUAAUCAGCAUUACAUCUGCGCCCAAGUAAUCCUUCCUAAUCGAAAACGCAUUUCGGAAAUUCAGCCAACAUUUCAUGAGAUCGGUCACUCACUGUACGUGAACCGCUCCUUGCUGACGGGCAGGAUGAAGUUGUCCCUUGCCUUUCUCUAGUGCAAUCUGAUCCUGACUGCGUCGAAGUAACCAACUGCUGGGCUAUCGCAGACCUUCAGCAAGUCUGAAGCCUAUAUAAUUGGCUCAAAAAAGACCAGACGUCUUAACAAUCUGCCGAUUAGGACUAUUUGAAACUUGAUCUUCCGAGAUAGAGCUGCCUUGUAACAUGAGAAUUGCUAAACAAACCUCCUGAAAGCUGCAGCAUGUCUGGGUGGACGACAUUUUCAAAAGGAUUAUAAAACAUUGGAGCUGUGCGCAUAUUAAAAGCUGCCAUAUGCUCCCAGUUCAGAUAUACUAAAAAUCCCUCGACCACAUUAGUAUCCAAGGCAACAAUCUGAUGUAAGUUUGAAGAAGAAUUAGCUACCACCGAGCUAACCUACAGUAGCUAGGCAUAGAAAUAUUCGUUCUUCUGCCUGUUCUGUAGGAAAUUACGUCUUCUUUCAAUAUUAUACUUGAAGGAAGGGUAUAAUUCGGAUUUAAAAAGUUUCUAAUUAUGAGAUUUUUUAAUAACGUGAAAUGACCGUUCAUAAAACGUCAUGUUUCUGCAUUUACGAAUGUGGCUUGUAAAGUUAGCAAUAUGGCUAAAAUCCACUGCUACAUUUUAUGAAACGCAUAUGGCCUCCUCUUAAUACCGUAGAGAAAUGUAUAGCAUUCGGUACGCAGAAAGUACGCGGCCUGUAGUUUGUAAACCCUGAAUGCAAGUGUAACGGCAGAUCGGGUUCAAAAUUAUUCUGGAAGUGGAAAAGUUUUUGAAAACCGAAUUUAACCCUUCGUUCGAGAAUAAAGUUGAAAGAAGGUGUAUUUUCCCACCGAAUAAGCAGAAUAAUGAAUAUUUUUAUGCGUGUUCUCUAUGAAAUAUAAUUGAAUUUUCAAAGGCAUCGAAAAUCAAUAAAAAAAUGUAUGCUUACUAAGUAGUCAUGCAUGCAGCCGAAAAGAAGUUAUUUCGAUAGCCGGCAUCCUGAGGUAACCGAAUUUUUAUAGAAUGACGCUGCACGGUGAUAUGCAUUACAACCCUACUUAAUUAAUCUUUUCAAAACGAAAACGCAUUUCAAAAUUCCUGUUGACUUUGCAUGAGUUAGCCCACCUACUGCAUAUGUGCUGCUGGGAAUUAUAAGAUGUGCUUGCUGGGGUCAUCAUAAUGCUCUAGCCCGACUGGGGUUCCGUUUUCCCCUGCUAGACAAAGGGGCUGGACAAUUUUUUCUGUUAAUCUACGUGUAGCUAAACAGAACUGCACACAAUCGGCACAACUACCUCUCUGCUGUUGCCAAUUUUUGGCAGAAAAGCAUCAAAAUGUGGGGAUAUUAUGAGUGGGGCAUGGGACGGGCGGGAUAAGUCAAACCGCGUGAUUGCGACAUAACGCGUGCUCAUUUAACUGCUGGAGGGGGGAGAAUGUGUGCAAUUUCAUGUGCAAGCAGGGGGUGAUUCGUGAGCGUUGCGAACUGCAAAGCCUAGGUGCUGGUACGACACCAUUCUGACUUAUACGUACAUAAUUACCGCCUUGGGGGGGGGAGGGGUUGGUAGUCGCCUUCUACGGGUUUUUGUCGGUUUCGGGGUACUCUGGGAUCGAGGGCGUUCAACGAGUGCGUGUUAGGUGAUCUGUGCUCCAUUGCCGCAGUUCCUGUAAAACCUCCUCGUCCGUAUGGCCAAUUUCCUCUUGCCAUUCACGGCUAUGCGUGUGCUCUGCCACUAGAGGUGGAGAAACGAGUCUCGGAAAGCAGUGCUGAAGACGGAGACAUGUUCGCUGGAACAAGAAGUUUUUUCGAUGACGUCUCGGAUUCCUACCCGAACCCACCAUCGGAGACAAUGACAGAUAAGGGUAUUCCAUGCACAAGGAGAUGCAGUCGCCAUGCUAUUGCAUACCUAUGAACAUUCACGGCCCCCUUCAUCGGGGAUUGUUGUACUUGGUGCGAUGAGUCUUCGAUGGCCGACACUCGAAUGAUUAAUUAAUGCAUGUGUUGGAUGUUGGUGUGACGAAUACUCGACCAUCUGACACACCGACCCUGGUGUUGGGAAAAUGUAUUCACCUGUGCGCUCCCCGCGUGACUAAUUGCUCCGCCUAGGCAAAGUCUCAGCACCUAGUAUGGAAGGGGGAUGUCAUUGCACUUGUUACUGGACUGGGGCCCAGUAAACCAUGAUUUAAUUAUCUCCCGGCUCACGCGAUUGUCACCGCUUACAAGAAUUUCGGCCUCGUCAAAUUCGAAUGUGCAGCCGGAUCUGGUCGAAUGAGCCGCACCUUGAGAGCUGGCGUCAUUUCUCCGCACUGCCGCCGUGUGUUCGUCCUUUCGCGUUAGGAGAAGUCUUCGGGUCCCUCUGACGUAGUUGCUUUAUCCGCAAAUGCUCCAGAUCCGAUAAACGACUCCAGACAUCUCCUGUCGGGGCAGCAGGUCUUUAGGUUUCAUUGCCUAACGCCUGAUGGAUGUCUCCGGUUUGUGUGCAACUCCUGCCCCAAGUGGCGCGAGAAGGCUGCCGACCGCUGCCACGUAGUCCGCUCAGACAGCCCUUCGAGGACAUUUUAUCCGAUUCCACUGUUAGGGCCUUAUUACAAUCUCCCUUGAAUUUUCACAGGAGACAUUGGCUCAUUGUGAUUAUUCGGGUCCUCUUCUGACCAGGCUCCUUGUGAGAUGCUGCGGCCAUUCAGCUUGACGCACGAUGACUGUUGUUUUCGCGGGUGGCUCUUUUGUGUCCUGAACAUUCUACAUGUAAUAUGAUGCUUGUGUCAGCAUCGCCUUGCAUCCUGAAGGAAACGCGUAUGGGCGGCAACCCAGCGAGCGGCGUUAGAAUCAUACGCACGUAAUCUGCUACGCAUAUUCUGCAGAACUUUGCAGCUUUCUAGAAUAGGCUACUGCCCCACAGCCGUCGCCUUCUACCCCUGCUUCCGCACCAACAGCAGGUUGGCCUUGUCGCGUGUGGCACAUGUUUUUGACAAAGGAAGGAUUUCUCUGUCGUGACCUCUCUCCGAGUGAGUCCACUGCAGAUGAUGCGAACCGUCUGUAGUAAGUCAGUUCUCCCAUGUUCUGUCCUCCAUCAGAAACGUGGAAACGCUGCCGACGUUGCCAUUCCUCAGCAAGACCAAUCGAAGCAUGGGUGUUCGGCGGGGAAGCCUGUAUCCUGGACAGCUGGCUCGGUAUCCUGAGAUGAAUAGCUUUACUCACUGAGGCAUAGUAGGUUGUUUUUGUGACAGCGUUCUCGGACGACCCACCGAUCGACAAGAUGACCAGAUACGUCGUCGUCCAAAAGCAGUUGUUUGUAUUGGUUGAAUAAUGGGUAGACUUUGAUUUUCAGUCAUUAGAGUCUCUCAGGACGAGCACUGUCGUCAUUCUUUCCGGUAUACUACUUUGAAUUCAGAGUACUCUUCCGGUAGCAAUUAAAUUCCUGUCCGCCUAACCGGAUUAGUAGUUGUGCUCACCCACUUUUGGUGACUUAUCUCUAAUAGAUUAAUAAGCAUACUUUCUUAGGUCUGCUGUAGUGAAUUUUAGUCUGUCACAGCAUCUAUUCCCUCCUCCUUCUCCUCCUCCUCCUCCUCCUCCUCCUCCUCCUCCUCCUCCUCCUCCUCCUCCUCCUCCCCCCCCACCACCACCACCACCACCACCACCACCACCACCACCACCACCACCACCACCACCACCACCACCACCACCACCACCACCACCACCACCACCUUCUCUUUUUCAUCUUCCUCUUCUUCCCCUCCACCAUAUUGA